CACGAGCACGCACGUUGGUAGAUUUCCAACGUCUUCCCUUGUUUAAUUCUUCUUUGUAAAAUCUUCCAAAAAAUAUGGGUGGAACACAUAAAAAGAAGUUACGUGCUGAAAAAGCCAAAGUUAAACUAAAAGGCGCCAAAUUGCCCAAAGGGUUAAAUGUCACCAAAACCGAAUUCAAAGUGCGAAAAAUCACCAUUAGAGAACAACUGAAAGAAGCCCAGUUUGUGGAUGGCAUAAAACAGGUGAAUCUUAAAGAAUGUCUCUCCAAGCUGAAACAUCACAGUUCCAAUUUUCGCAGUGAAGCAUUAAAGAAUCUACGGGAUGCCAUUGCCCUGGGUCAUUCUGGAAUUAUGGGAAGUUUGAAUGAACUCAUUCAGGGAAUAUCUGCCGUAUGUUUAGAUCAAGAUCGUGAUGCUCGGCGCGAGGCAUGUAAGACCUUCGGGGCCCUAUUGGCAUUUUUGCCCAAGGAUGCUGUAGCACCAUUUUUCCACAUAAUUUCGUCUUAUCUACGUUGUGCCAUGACCCAUAUCCAGCCGAAUAUACAAGAAGAUUCCUUACUGCUGUUAGAUGUUUUGUUGCACCACAUACCCACUUUGGUGGCAAGUCAUAGUGCUAAAAUUCUUCAUAAUUUUUUGGAAAUGAUUUCACGAGUUCGAGCUGAAGGCGAUAAGGCCGGAAGAAUGUUGACCGUGAAUAUGGGACAGAAACAAACAACCAUAAAAUGGCGUUCCAAGGUGUUGUUGCGUUUGCAGCAAAUGCUCGAGACACUGGCCGAAUAUAAACUUCAGCAGAGGCAAGAAGGGAUUUUAAGUGGUAGCAACACAAGUGACGGUUUGAUAACGCACAGCACUAAAACAGCACAAUAUUAUGGAAUUAAACGUCGCUUUGCGGCCAAUCAAUAUUGUGAUUUAUCCCACAUAUUCAAUCGCUCUGUGGGUAGUUCAGCCACCUCAAACGAUGAUGCAGCUGUGGAUGAAUUUGAACAAUUACGUUCCUAUGUGGAUCAUUUAAUGCCAUUGUUGUUGGAAUCAUGGCUAGAAGUACGACCCCAACAAACCACAUCAUGUAGUGUAGAGACCUUAUUGACCCUUGAUGCUAGCCUAACUCUGAAAAUUGUUUUGGAAAUCAUUGAAAAUCUGUGGUCCCUCAUUGAAAUCUAUGAAGAACAAGUAAACAACAAUGAUUUAAGUUUGUGGUUCAAAGAUCAGUAUGCCGAUGUAUUUGCGGCAAAUUUCUUGCAAAGUUCCUAUCCUUAUCAGCAAUUCAAUGUAGAUGAAGAUAAUACUAAUUCAAAAAAGAAACCGAAAAAAUCACCUACCAGCCUGUCACCCUAUUGUCUGCAACAAAACAUUACAAUUGGCUUUCUGAUGUGCCGCUUUUAUGCCAAUGCCUUGGGACAGGAAUCAUCAAGAUUUAAUGCAGUUCUAAACUAUUUGAGUAGCAUACUGGACUCCUCCAUGAGUAACAAGGGUUCGCAAGAUUAUUUACCAUCGUUGGUAAAAGCAAUACGUGCCUUGCUUUUGCAGAGUGGCCAGCAUCUGUGUCACCUACAUAAGGAAUCAACCACCAAACUCCUACGCAGCUGCAUUAAAGCAUUUUUGGAAAAUAGGUUUGGUGAAAUUUCAUCAAAAAUCCUAAUCAUACUUUGUGAAAUUGUCCAAAGUCAUGAGCUAUGCAAUGUCUAUGGAGCUGAGGAAUUUUCCGAAUUUUUGAAAUUCCUACCCAAUUUGCUUUUAAGGCCAACUGUUAAUUUGGCCUGUUUGGUGGCAAUGAGUAAAUUGGGCAAACAACAAAAUCAAGUAUUUCUUGAUGCGCUAAGGAAUAUCCUGCCUAAAGUGGUCGAACAUUUGCAAAAUAUUCAAGUGACAGGUGCACCCAAUGUUCUGGAAGGCAAAAAACAUAUAAUGAAUUUGUUCUACUGGACUCAUCCACAAGACCGCGUUAAUGCCUCGGAAUUGACAAAAAUAAUUGACACUGCUGAAUCAAGUAUAACAGAUAAACGUAUCUCUGGAUAUUGUAAAUAUAUAUUAACGUUAGCUUAAUAUUUCUAUUUCUAUUUUAUAUUUUAUUUUCUAUAAAAGAAUAGAACUUAUUUCUAAAACAACAAA